AUGCAGCUGUGGACUGAUCCCGAGUUCCGCACCGCCAUUUUUAGAGUCCUCUACAGAGGCCUCGGUGGACAGUCGCUGGCUGAUCUCACCACGGGAGCUGUCAGCAAGGCGGCCAACUAUUUCAACGAACUACCGCCGGGCCAGCUGGAAGUGGUUGACUUUUAUGUUUGGAUCCGCAAAGUCGUGGCCACAAACGUCAUGAGUGGCUUUUACGGGGAUCUGAGCCCGUUCAGUGAACCAAGAGUCUUGCAAAGUUUCUGGUAA